GGCCGAGGCCUUCCCCCCCCACCCUCGUCCGAGGGGCACCUGGUGCUCCCCUGGGAAGCCCGGACUCUUGUUUCUUUGAGGUUCUUCCUCCCACGCUGUUCUCACCCCAGGGUGUGGCCAAGUAGUUGCGAAAAUCUUGGGAGGAAAGGAGGCCGAAGAGGGGAAGUGGCCUUGUCAGGUGAGCGUGAGGAUCAACGAGAAACACGUGUGCGGAGGCUCCCUCAUCACCUAGCAGUGGGUGCUGACUGCAGGCCACUGUAUUUUAAGCCGAUUCCACUACAGUGUCAAGAUGGGAGAUCGGAGUGUCUAUAAAGAAAUCACCAGUGUUGUGAUCCCCGUCCGAAACAUCAUCAUCCACCCUCAGCUCUCAGUAGUCGGAACCGUUCAAAAGGACCUUGCCCUACUCCAGCUCCUCUACCCUGUAAACUUCACCGUGACCAUCCAGCCUGUAUGCAUCCCUCAGAAGACUUUCCGGGUGGAGGCUGGGACCACGUGCUGGGUGACCGGAUGGGGCAGAAAAGAAGAAUAUGGUGAGGGUUACAGUCCCAGCGCGGACUCUGCAAUGAUCCUGGCAAGCCCAGAGGCGCCGUCGCCACCAGGGCCCCCCGAGUCCCCGCGGAUGCCAAUAUCCACUGCGGCUAUAGCACUUCUAACACUCACAGUGAAGUCCAGCCAGACCACUGUAUUUGGAACGUUCUCUCCUCAAGUGAGCCGACCAGGAUGCGGCCAGAGGUCUAUGAGGAUAGCCGGUGGAAUGCCCGCGGCAGAGCGGAAGUGGCCCUGGCAGGUGAGCCUGCGGAUCAAUGAUAGACACAUAUGUGGAGGCUCCCUCAUUGCCAGUCGGUGGGUGCUGACCGCCGCCCAUUGCAUAAUUAGCCACGAGGAAUAUACAGUGAGGCUGGGAGACAAACUGGGACAUUCUCAUUCCGAAACAAUGCUGGUGGUUCCGGUGGAAGACAUCAUUUGCCAUCGCUUUUACGAUGAUAGAACUUUGAGACAUGACGUUGCCCUCGUUCUGCUGGCCUUCUCUGUGAAUUACUCCUCGUACAUCCAGCCUGUGUGUCUCCCCGAAAGGUCUCUCCACGUGGAAAGUGGGACAAAGUGCUGGGUGACUGGCUGGGGCCAACUGGCAGGUGAGACUGGUUAUAAAGAAAACACUUCCAUACCAGUUUGUGGCAGACCCUGGUGGUCAGAGGACUUGGAUGUGACCCGCCAUUGGCCCUGGGAGGUGAGCCUCCGGCUGGAGAAUGAGCACGUAUGUGGAGGGGCCCUCAUUGAUCUCAACUGGGUGGUGACUGCUGCCCACUGCAUCCAAGGCACCAAAGAAUACUCAGUGAUUCUUGGCACCUCCAAGCUGAAGCCCUUGCAGGCUGCCUUGAUCCCUGUGAAGGACAUCGUCAUGCACCCCAAGUUCUGGGGCCGGACAUUCAUCAUGGGGGAUGUUGCCCUUCUCCAGCUUCACAGCCCUGCCACCUUCAGCAAGUACGUGCAGCCCAUCUGCCUCCCGGAGCCCAGCUACAACCUCAAGGUUGGGACCCAGUGCUGGGUGACUGGCUGGGGCCAGGUUAAACAGCGCUUCUCAGUGAACUCCACGCUGACCGCGGAGCUGCAGGAGGCUGAGGUGUUUAUCAUGGACAACAAGAAGUGUGACCAGAUUUACCGCAAGAAGUCCCCCAUCCCCCACCUCGUCCCCCUUGUCCUGGGGGACAUGAUCUGUGCCACCAAUUAUGGAGAAAACUUGUGCUCUGGGGAUUCUGGGGGCCCAUUGGCUUGUGAAGUCGAGGGCACAUGGAUUCUGGCUGGGGUGUUGUCCUGGGAAAAGGCCUGUGCCAAAGCAGAGAACCCAGGCGUGUACACUCGUGUUACCAAAUACAGCAAGUGGAUCAAGAAGCAAAUAAGCAGUGGGGCUCUCUCAGGCCCCCAAACCUCCGCCUGGUUCCUGCUCCUGUUCUGGCUGCUGCAGCCCCAGCUGGAUCCCUGAUCUCCCCUCUCUCUUCUUCUUCCUGCUUUGCCUCUGCUGUAUGGGUCCAGAUCAAGGUUAGACCAAGGUCAUGUGCCUGUAUUCAACAAGAGUCAAGGUGGGGAAAGAGUGGCCCCUGGGAGAUAGGGCUCUGCAUUGGCAUCCCAGUGGGGAGGGAUGUGGUGGAUGACUAGGCCUUGGGUGACCAGGAGAAGGGAAGUGUGGCCUAGAGGGGCUCUGGAGUUGGGGACCAGGAUAGCAGGGAUUAAAUUUGUACAAAUGUGA